UAUUCUGCAAUUCCAACUUGCGUAGCAAUCGAGCAGUCCGGCGGGUGCAUGGGAGAAACGGGGAGUAAAAUAAAGCUGGAAAAUACUUCAUGAAUUAAAGGGAUCUGUGCUUUUGUGUGAAGUAUUUCAACGGUUUUCGUGCAAAUAACUGAUCAGAAAUGGAAAAUGAACGAUGAGGAGUCUAUGGCCCAGCUACAGCUGACUGACUGAACAUGGCUCAGUUUCCCACGUCCUUCGGAGGGGGUGCGGACACGUGGGUCAUCUCUGUGGACGAGCGAGCCAAACAUGACCAGCAGUUCCACAGCCUCGCGCCCACCCCCGCUGGCUUCAUCACAGGUGACCAGGCCAGGAAUUUCUUCCUCCAGUCUGGCCUGCCCCCUCCGAUCCUGGCCCAGAUAUGGGCCUUGGCUGACUUGAACAGCGAUGGGAAGAUGGACAUGCACGAGUUCUCCAUCGCCAUGAAGCUCAUCAAGUUGAAGCUGCAGGGUCACCCGCUGCCCCCCUCCCUGCCCCCCUCCAUGAAUCAGCAGACCCUCAUGGCCCCACCCCCUCCCUUUGGUAUGCCACCAAUGCCCACCCUGCCUCCCGGUGUGCCCCCAGGAGUGCCCCCUAUGCCUAUCGCAGGCAUGUCCCCCCCGCUGGUCUCCUCUGUGCCCCCUCCCGUGCCACCCAUGGCCAACGGAGCACCCGCCAUGAUCCAGCCUGGCUUCACACACCCAGCCUCAGCGCUCAACAAAAGCUCUUCGUUUAACCGCUCCAGUGCCAAGCUUCAGAAGGUCCAAUCUUUCGAGACACCCAGUGCCCCUGCGGCGCCCCCUCCUGCAGACUGGGCAGUGCCCUCGUCGUCCCGCCUGAAGUACCGCCAGCUCUUCAACAGCCAUGACAAGAUGAUGAGCGGCCACCUCACAGGUCCCCAGGCACGCACCAUCCUUAUGCAGUCCAGUCUACCACAGGCUCAACUAGCCACCAUAUGGAACCUCUCAGACAUCGACCAGGAUGGGAAGUUGACGGCAGAGGAGUUCAUCCUAGCAAUGCACCUGAUUGACAUGGCAAUGUCAGGCUUGCCCCUCCCCCCACUGAUCACGCCAGACCUCAUUCCUCCCAACUUCAGGAGGGUCCGUUCAGGCAGUGGCGUCUCGUUGACCAGUAUGCAUUCCACUGACCAGCGUGUGCAGGAAGAGGCCGAGGAGGAAGAGCAAAAUAAGAAAGAUUUGGCAGUGUCGUUUGAGGACAAGAAGCGUGAGAACUUUGAGCGGGGAAACCUGGAGCUGGAGAAGCGGCGCCAGGCCCUGCUGGAGCUGCAGCGCAAGGAGGCGGAGCGCGUGGCGACGCUGGAGCGGCAGGAGCAGGAGCGCAAGGAGCGGGAGCGCCAGGAGCAGGAGCGCCGGCGGCUGCACGAGCUGGAGAAACAGCUGGAGAGGCAAAGGGAGCUGGAGAGGCAGAGAGAGGAUGAGAGACGCAGGGAGAUCGAGAGGAGAGAGGCCGCUAAGCGUGAGCUGGAGCGCCAGCGUCAGCUGGAGUGGGAGCGGAACCGCAGGCAGGAACUCCUGAACCAGAGGAACCGAGAACAGGAGAACAUUGUUCUGCUCAAGGCCCGGAAGAAGACCCUGGAGUUUGAGCUGGAGGCCCUGAGUGAUAAGAAAACACAGCUGGAUGGGAAGCUGCUGGACCUGCGCUCGCGUCUCUCAACUCAGCGGCAGGAGAUUGAGAACACUAACAAGACCCGCGAACUCCGCAUCGCAGAGAUCACCACACUACAGCAGCAGCUGCAGGAGUCUCAGCAGUGGCUGGGUCGUCUGAUCCCGGAUAAGCAAUGUCUGAACGACCAGCUGAAACAGGUCCAGCAGAACAGCCUACACAGAGACUCCCUGUCGAACCUGCAGAGGGUGCUGCAGGUGAAGGAGACGGCGCGGCAGGAGCUGAGGGAGCAGCUGGAUGAGGUGGAACAGGAGACGCGCGCCAAAUUGCUGGAGAUAGAUGCCUUCAACACACAGCUCAAUUGGGAGGGCUCGAUGGCGAACGGGGCUCUGCUGGACUGCCUCUCCUCCCUGUCCGCCUGUCUCAGGCGCAUAGGGCACUACCUCCAGGAGCUCAGGGAGAUCCACGCCAAGCAACAGCAGCAGCGGCUCAAGCAGAUGGAGUCGCUGGAGGAUGCCCAGCCCAUCCCCGACAGGAAGUCAGUAGAGCUGCCUGAGGCCAGGUUGUCGGGCACAGACGAGGGGGUGUCACCGGCCCCCACCCCCACGCCCCCUCCGGCACAGGCCUGGCUGAGCAGUGUGAGUGUGAGCGAGGAGGACACACCCACACACAAGGACACGCAGGACAAACUCAGCCAGCUCUUCAUGCCACCACCACAACCACAGCCAAAACUACUGGGCCAGUCGCCAUGGCCCACGGGAGAUAAGACCCCAGUAGGCUCCUUUCAGGAGACGGUAAAAGUGGUCUACUAUCGAGCGCUUUAUCCUUUCGACGCUCGUAGCCAUGAUGAAAUCACCAUCCAGCCUGGAGACAUUGUCAUGGUGAAGGGGGAGUGGGUGGACGAGUGUCAGACUGGAGAGCCUGGCUGGCUCGGGGGGGAGCUGAAGGGAAAGACCGGCUGGUUCCCCGCCAACUACGCCGAGAAGAUUUCGGAAUCCGAGGUGCCGCUCAGCCUGCGCCGCUCCGAGGCGGCCACCUCUGCGCCCCCACCCAAGCUGGGCAACCCCCGGAUAACGCCCACAUCGGUCGCCGCGCCCACCUCCAUCCAGCCGCCGCUCCCUGAGUUGCCCCCUGUCCAAUCAGCUGCAGCCCUGGCCCCGGGCGCAGCCUCCUCUUCGUCCUCGGCCUCUAGUAACUGGGCAGAUUUCAGCACGACGUGGCCCUCUAACUCGGUGGAGAAGCCGGACAGUGACGGCUGGGAUGCGUGGCCCUCUCAGCCGGCCCCGACCCAAGCCCCACCCCCCCAGCCCCCCCAGCCCAGCCUGUCUGUGCCCAGUGGAGGCCCCCUGCGCCAGCGCUCAGCCUUCACCCCCGCCACCCUCAGCGGAUCCUCGCCCUCGCCCGUACUGGGACAGGGAGAGAAGGUGGAGGGACUGCAGGCGCAGGCCCUGUACCCGUGGCGGGCCAAGAAGGACAACCACCUGAACUUCAACAAGAACGAGAUCAUCACGGUGCUGGAGCAGCAGGACAUGUGGUGGUUCGGCGAGGUGCAGGGCCAGAGGGGCUGGUUCCCCAAGUCCUAUGUCAAGCUCAUCUCAGGCCCUGUGCGCAAGUCCAUCAGUAUUGAGUCAGGCUCGUCAGAAAGCCCGCCCAGUGUGAAGAGACCCAGCCCCUCGCCUAGCAAACCAUUGGAGCUUGGAGAAGAGUACCUAGCCAUGUACACGUAUGAGAGCUCGGAACAGGGCGAUCUGACGUUCCAGCAGGGUGAUAUCAUCACUGUCACCAAGAAGGAAGGUGAUUGGUGGACAGGAGUGGUAGGAGGAAGGACGGGCGUCUUUCCUUCCAACUACGUCAAACCUAAGGACUCUGAUGGUCUGGGAGCAGCAGGGAAGACAGGGAGUCUGGGGAAGAAGCCAGAGAUUGCACAGGUCAUAGCCCCCUACACGGCCACGGGGGCGGAGCAGCUCACCCUCGCCCCUGGGCAGCUCAUCCUCAUCCGCAAGAAGAACCCCGGAGGCUGGUGGGAGGGGGAGCUGCAGGCGAGGGGGAAGAAGCGUCAGAUUGGCUGGUUCCCGGCCAAUUACGUCAAGUUAUUGAGCCCAAGCACCAGUAAGACCACACCCACUGAGCCGACGCCCCCCAAACUACCCACCCCAAGUGCAGUGUGUCAGGUGAUCGGCAUGUACGACUACACGGCGCAGAAUGAUGACGAGCUGCCCUUUGGCAAAGGCCAGCUUAUUAAUGUUCUGAGCAGGGAGGACCCUGAUUGGUGGAAGGGUGAGCUGAACGGUUCCGUGGGCCUCUUCCCCUCCAACUACGUCAAGCUUACCACCGACACCGACCCCAGCCAACAGUGGUGUGCUGACCUGCAUCUACUGGACAUGCUGACACCCAUGGAGCGCAAACGGCAGGGCUACAUCCACGAGCUCAUCGUCACUGAGGAGAACUACGUCAAUGACCUGCAGCUGGUCACCGAGACCUUCCAGAAGCCUCUGCUGGAGUCGGAGUUGCUGACGGAGAAGGAGGUGGCCAUGAUCUUCGUAAACUGGAAGGAGCUGAUCAUGUGCAACAUCAAACUGCUUAAGGCUCUGCGUGUGAGGAAGAAGAUGUCGGGCGAGCGCAUGCCAGUGAAGAUGAUCGGCGACAUCCUGACGGCGCAGCUGCCCCACAUGCAGCCGUACAUCCGCUUCUGCAGUUGCCAGCUUAACGGCGCCACCCUCAUCCAGCACCAGACCGACGAGGCGCCCGACUUCAAGGAGUUUGUCAAGAGGUUGGCUAUGGACCCGCGGUGUAAAGGAAUGCCCCUCUCCAGCUUCCUGCUGAAGCCCAUGCAGAGGGUCACACGCUACCCCCUCAUCAUCAAGAACAUUUUGGAGAACACGCCGGACAGCCACCCGGACCACAGCCAUCUGCGUCAGGCGCUGGAGAAGGCGGAGGAGCUGUGCUCCCAGGUCAAUGAGGGCGUCAGGGAGAAGGAGAACUCUGACCGGCUGGAGUGGAUCCAGGCACACGUGCAGUGUGAGGGCCUCUCAGAGCAACUGGUGUUCAAUUCGGUGACCAACUGCCUGGGCCCACGCAAGUUCCUGCACAGCGGCAAGCUCUACAAGGCCAAGAGCAACAAGGAGCUGUACGGCUUCCUGUUCAACGACUUCCUCCUGCUCACCCAGAUCAUCAAGCCGCUGGGCUCGUCCGGCUCCGACAAGGUCUUCAGUGCCAAGUCUCACCUGCAGUACCGCAUGUACAAGACUCCCAUCUUCCUGAAUGAGGUUCUGGUGAAACUCCCCACGGAUCCUUCCGGAGAUGAGCCCUUGUUUCACAUCUCGCACAUUGACCGUGUCUACACCAUACGAGCCGAGAGCAUCAACGAGAGGACUGCAUGGGUACAGAAGAUUAAGGCAGCCUCUGAGCUCUUCAUUGAGACAGAGAAGAAGAAGCGGGAGAAGGCCUACCUAGUGCGUUCCCAGAGAGCCACAGGCAUCGGCAGACUAAUGGUCAACAUCGUCGAAGGCAUCGAGCUCAAGCCCUGUCGUUCCCAUGGGAAGAGUAACCCUUACUGUGAAGUGACGAUGGGCUCCCAGUGCCACAUCACUAAGACGCUGCAGGACACUCUGAAUCCCAAGUGGAACUCUAACUGCCAGUUCUUCAUCAAAGACCUGGAGCAGGAUGUGCUGUGUGUCACCGUCUUCGAGAGGGACCAGUUCUCCCCUGACGACUUCCUGGGCAGGACGGAGAUCCGGCUGGCGGACAUUAAGAAGGACCAGGGCUCCAAGGGGCCCAUUACCAAACGGCUGCUGCUGCACGAAGUCCCCACGGGCGAGAUCGUGGUGCGGCUCGACCUGCAGCUCUUUGAUGAAACCUGAGCACUCCCACACCUCUCAAUCACACACACACACACACACACACAAACAUAAAAACACAUACAUGGCCCUCUCCUCCCGCCCUUGGUGUUUUGAAGCCUAGCACCCUGCUGUGACAAUCCCACCUGCCCUGCUCCCUAUACACACACACUCCAUACUCCUGUGUGUGUGUGUGUGUGUGUGUGUGUGUGUGUGUGUG